AUGGCAGUUGAGGUGAUCGUUGGCCUCGUUGAGGAUGAUGAGGUGUUGGAUUUUACGUCCACACGUGAGAAGAUCAAAGCGGCCAGUGAUGGGCGUGAGUUGCUGUGGAUCAAUGCCAAGAAAGGUGGUCACAGGGUGGUCGGUGAAUUCGUCCAACCCCUGGUGGACUUUGCUGAGUCGGCCAGGGAGCUCUUCGUUCAUGGUGGCGAACUUUAA